CGUUCACGAACGUAUAAAACUUGCUCAAGAAUUGGGCACUGGCAUAUCGAUUUGGGAGUUGGGCCAAGGAUUAGACUAUUUUUAUGAUCUCUUUUAAUGCUGUUUUUAAAAUAAUUGAGAAUUCUUAAGCAAUAUUUUAUUUGCAAUCUACAACAACAUUUAAGUAGUAAGCAAUCUUUAAACAUGGAGGACGAGUCAAUUACAUUAUCAAAGGAUUUACCAAAUCCAACUAUUAACAAUGAGUCCAAUAUAGACGUAAAUCUUAAAAAACUAACGGAAUCAAUAACAGAUGAAUAUGACAGUGACUCCAAUAGUAACUCCAAUGCUGAUAAUGAAGAAUAUUACGAUUCGGCAUCUGAAAACAGUUAUCAUUUUGAAUAUGAACCUGAAGUGAGCCGUUCAUCAUUACCAGUUUUACACAAUUUGGAUGCAAAGAAGAAAGCGUACAUAAAAAGCGCCAACUAUAUUUAUGGCAAAUAUGUUAUGAGACAAUGUCCCAUGUGUGAUUCGGAGUUUAAUUCUGCACAUUGUUGGAAAAAGCACAUUAAUUAUAUACACCAUCUAGCCAAACCGGAAGAUUUACAAUUCAAAUACAACGAAGUAGGUGCAAAGUGUAAAACAUGCGAUUUUCAAACAGCUACUCCAGAUUUCAACAAAUUAUUGGAUCAUCAAAUUUCACAUAUGCCAUUUAGUCACUUUUUAAAAUGUAAACUUUGUCAUUGGAGAACGAAAACACAUCCUAGCAUGAAUUUUCACUUACGCCAACAGCAUUCAGAUAAACUGGAUAUGACAACGAAAAGUAUCGAGUUAACGGUUUGUCCAUAUUGUCAGCAAGAAUUCUCAUCCCAAUGGUAUUUGCGCAAGCAUAUGAUCCAGGAACAUGAAAAGACUAUUGACGAUAGAACAUGUUUCGUAUGCUUGGAUUGUGGUGAAGAAUUUUCCACAAAUGUUAGUUUACGUGCGCAUGUGUUUGAAAAAUUUGCAGACAAGUCGGUAGAGGAACUAGGCUUCAAAGAGGUCAUUUCAGUUGGUGAUGAUAAUGAUAUUUCGUACAAGUGUACACAAUGUCCCACGAUUUAUCGCAAAAACACAUCCAGUCGUACAUUAACUAACCUACGCGAACAUUACAUGUUGCAUUUAGGCGAACCUACGGGUAAGCACGCUUACAAAUGUAAAUAUUGCGAUGAAAGUUUUCGCCGAUUUGACAAUAUGCGUUUACACAUUUGCGAGGAAUUGCGUAAAGCUUUGCAGAAUGGUGCUUCUACACAUGCCCUACUAGGUGCGAAAACCCGUAAAAAUAAGUUGACCAAAAAAAAUAUGCAACAAGAACCGAUUGAACUGAAGAGAGACUAUAUGAAACAUAUACGUCAUGUUUGUUUGAAAUGUGGAAAUUCGUAUGGUAAGUUGUUUCAUUGCAAACGGCAUAUGUAUAUAAAACAUGGCAUGAGCAAGCCAACCGGACUGGAUUUUAAAAAGAUAGCAAAUCAAAGUGCAGCCGAAGUUUACGAAUGUACAAUAUGCGAAGAGUUCACCUGCGAUUUUGAUUUAAAUACAAUGUUAGUGCACGCACGUAUACAUACUGUAUAUGAUCCUUUGCUAUGUAAAAUUUGUAAUACAUCAUUCGCCUACGAAUCUGACAUACCAGGACAUGAUUGUAUGGAUGUGGAGGUUGUUGAAACAGUGAAGGAAUCACGAUAUCCAAGAGAGAUCCCCAUACCUAAUAUGGAUACUUUUUGUCCUAAAUGCGAUCUAACUUAUACAACACCUUCUUCGCUGACGAGACACAUGAAUAGAAUGCAUGGCAUGCAUGAACCUUACGGGCUUGGAUUUGUAGUGUGCGAAACAAAUGAUAGCGCUGAAUGCAAAGAUGUAUUUCGUUGCACCGAAUGUGAAAAUUUUGUGAUUAAUGAGAAAAAUUUGAAAGCUAUGUUGGAGCAUGCGCGUCUCCAUAUGCCCUAUGAAAGUUUUAGAUGCGUGUUUUGUAAGGAACGUUUUCGUUUUAAAGCGCUAGCGCGGCAACAUCAAUGUUCUAGCAACACAACCGAUACCGUUUGUAAAGUGGAUAAAUAUGAUCAAAAGAUCUUGAAGACGCGCUUAAAUAAAAUGGGGCGUUUAUGUCCGAAAUGUGGUAAAAAGUUUGCAAAAACAACGGUUUGUAAAGUGCAUACAACAAAUAUACAUGGGUUGGAUAAGCCUGCUGGACUUGGCUUUGAACGACUGAAUGCAGAUAAUGUCGACAGCAAGCGAGAAACUUACCGUUGCACUGAAUGCAUGAGCUUCAUUGUAGAAAAACUGGAUUUAAGUUUAAUGUCCGAGCAUGCUAGAGAACAUUUUCCAUACGACAGUUUCUGGUGCAUGUUGUGUGACGAACAAUUCAAAUUCAAAUUGCAAGCAAUAGAACACAAAUGCCCAAAUGACACGAGUAAAGUAGAAGAGCAUAGUGACAUCGAGGUGGAAAAUACAGCACAUUCAAAAUAUCCAAAAACAUUUGAAAAAAUUAUCAAAAAAUUUUGUCCGGAAUGCAAUUUUGAAGUGCCCACUAUGAAAGCUUGGCGCUGGCAUAUAAGUAAAUAUCAUGAAAUGACAACACUUGCUGGUUUACAGAUGAAACAAGCAAAGGGCAAUUUAGUAGAAUGUUUGCUUUGUGAAGUGAAAACGACUUAUAUCAGACGUUUAGAUCAUCGAUUCGUACAUCUACCCUUUAAGCCCUAUCAAUGUAAAUAUUGCUUGGAAACAUUCAUAGAAGUUGAAAAGGCGAAAGCGCAUUGUGGUGAUUGCGCAGUGGCGCCUUCAGAAUUCGAUGUAACGGACGAAAUAAAGAAACCGCAAGCAUAUAAACGUGUAGCCAAUCGCCAAAUGGAUACAACGAAUACUAAAAGAAUUAAAAUACAAAAUAAACAAGAAACCGUGUCACACGUGAAUGUGAAUGAAGCAAACUCAACCAGUGAACGUUUAGACUCGGAGAGUGAAAACGAUAAUGGUGACGGCAAUAGAUGUAUCAGUGUUGUGCUAACAGAUGAUAAUGAUUUCGCCAAGUUUAUACGAAUAAGCUGUCCAUUGUGCCCGGAUACCGAAUUCGAAUCGAAUCUAAUGCUAACACGUCAUUUCAACGAAGCACAUAAUAACUUUCGCGAACACUACACCAUACAUCCAACAAAUGCGGCGAAUUGUAAAACGUGCAAUAAAUACUUUAAUAUCAUAUACAAGAAGACUAUGAUAAAACACUAUCUGAGUGAAAUUAACGCAACAUGCUUCUGCUGUCGUCUAUGUGAUAAGAAUAUUUUAUAUUUCGAAACGAUGCGCUCACAUCUGCUGGAUGAUCAUCAAGCUGUGAUUGCCGGCCAGCAGACACAUGAGCAUAGUGGCACACCUGCAGGAGAGGCUGGUGAGGAGGUGGAUCCUUUGAAAGUAACGGCUGUGGAUAUAUCGAAAGUAUCGCGCACCACCAUGGCAAUACCGACGAGUAAAACUGCGGUAUUUAAUGAGUUUAAUGCCUACAUUUCAUAUGCGUGCCCCGAGUGCAAUGAGCCCUUCGAUACAUCGGAACAAUGGCAUUUACACAUAAAUGGUGCGCAUAGCUUCUUCGAGCAACAACAGCUGAAUAUCGAAGCCACAACGGAUGGUUUUAAACGUUGCAAACAGUGUAGUGUUAAUAUAAGCGGCGGCAUAUUGGCCGAACAACGUCACAAGCUAACGCAUAUGCAAUACAAAUCGUUCAUUUGUAUACUCUGUCAACAUCGUUCGACCACCUUGGGUGUGCUCACACAGCAUUUUCGUCGUCGUCACUUUGCCAAGGGCACGUUUAAGUGUGUGCUCUGUCCGCGUGUGCUAAGUACUUCGUGCGAACAAAUCGAACAUAUGAAGAGUGCACAUGAUCCGAGUGAAUAUCCAUCGAAAUUGUGUCGCGUCUGCUUCAGCAUGUUCAGUUCGAACAACGCGCUCAAUACGCACAUGGAUUUGCAUAAUCCCAAUCGGAAAGUGUUUCAGUGCGACUAUUGCGAUCGUUAUUAUAAGUACAAGCGAGAACUGGGUUUACAUGUGCGUGCCAAACACCAGGAACAAGCAGAGAAAAGUGAAUAAAAUUGUGUAUUUUAACUUAGAAAAUUAAUCAAAUGUAAUUAAUGAGAAUGUCCUCAUUUUAAACAUAGAAUUAUUAGUUAAACAGCUAUUGAAAGCAAGCAUAUCCAAGUGUGUGUAAAUGUAUAUAUAACGAUAUAAUGUGGAAUGAAUUGAGUGCUGUGCACUAUGGAAAUGGCUUUUCGUCGUGCUGCUCAUCUAUCACGUGUUCAAAGCUGCUGCAACAAACAAAAAUUACAUGAAAAAUGCAAUACAGGAAACCAAAUUUUCCUUUCAAUAUAAGUUUAUUUAACCUGUAAGUCUUUUUGAUUAUCAUAAUCUUGUUUAACAAAAGCAUAUAAGAAAA